GCGUCGUGGAAUUUGCUUUUGUUUGGGGCCUGGCAACGCAACCAACCAUCAGACACAGCAAACACCGCCCUUGACCUGCCUAAUAUCCACCACGCCCAUCCCUGUGUCCGACAUCAAUCCCGCGACGCAUGCUAACCCGACCACCUCUGCGCUUCCACCCCAAACCGACCCUGGUGCUGCAAAGGAAGCCGCCACCAACAGUCAGAACCAUGGCAUCUGAAUCCCGGCCCCGGUCCCGGUCCCGGUCGCCGACGCGGACCCAGUUCGCGGUGCACCCCAUCGCCCGGUUCGCGGGGGAGAGCCAGCCGGUGCGGCGGCCAAAGGAGUUUGCGUGCUUCUCCUACGACCCCAACCACGAAUUCCGCCUCGACGGCAGCUCCAUGAAGUGGUACUACCCGCCGCGGCUGGGCGCCGACCUGUCCGGGGGCUUCGGGACCUUUGACAAGCUCGACGACGCCGCCACCGACGAGCACAUCGACAGCCUGCUCAAGACCAUCAUGGCCCAUGAGCAGAGCACGGGCCAGAAGAUCGACGCCCAGAUCGUCACCUGGCGCGGCAUCAUGACCAAGCUCAUGUCUGCCCCCUAUGAGAAUGAGGACGGAUUCGACCUGAAUGCGACUUUAUACCAGGGCUGCGUUUUCAUCGAGGAGGAUUUCAAAUGCAGAAUGGACGCUAGACGGGCCCAAGAUGCACAGCCUUGGAAAGCCCCCAUUCCCCGAGAGAUGUACACAUAUUGGGGCUACAAGUUCGAGACCCUCGCGACAUUGCCCAAGCCGUGGGGCGAGAUAUCUCGCGACUACAUCGAAGGCCGCGAGAGCCAGCAGGUGAGCAACAAGGAGCAAUACUGCUCCGUUGUACGCACCGGCCUCGGCAAGACGACACUAUGCCUGGGCGGCGAGGUAGACGCGAUCUGGGACUCCAAGCCCGAGCACGGCCAGCCCAUCAACUGGGUCGAGCUCAAAACGACGGCCGAGGUGCGCAACGAGCGCGACGCCAUGAGGCAGGACGGCAAGCUGCUCAAGUGGUGGAUCCAGAGCUUCAUGCUGGGCGUGCCCAAGAUCAUCGUCGGCCACCGCUCGCGCAACGGCAUCCUGGUCCGCGUCGAGGAGAUGCAAACUGCCGAGAUCCCGAACCUGGUGCAGAGCCGGAGCAAGGGCCGCAGCUGGGACGGCAACACGUGCAUCAACUUUUGCUCGGCGGUUCUUGAAUGUGAGUGGUUUUGUUGGUAGCCGGUGCAUGUCUAUUGCAACUUGGCUCACCAAGUGCAUGUCGACUGCAAAAAAAAAACCCCCCAGGGAUCCGCGCAAGCGUGGAUGACGACGGCGUCUAUCGCAUACGGCGCGAGCCCAGGUCCAACAGCAUCGGGCUGUUCAAGGUCGAGCAGACGGGCCACGGCAAGAUCCUGACGGACGAGUUUAUCAACUGGAGGAUAAAGCUUUCGUUGCCUCCUCCGCCUGACGCUGGAGAAAGCGGCGGGGAGGCCAACGGUAAAUGAAAAUGGGACGAGGAACAGAGGCGUACAGAGUUGAUUUGGUUUACAAUACACCCAAGGAACGGUUGUAUGAGUCUCGUACGGUGUGGGAUUUGGGAUUUGGGAUUUGGGAUUUGCGGCGGUUUUUGUUUUUGUGCCCACCCAUUCUCUGAUCAUGAGGGAGGCACUAGGGGCAAUUUGAGUGAUGAGCCGGGCGAGCUAAAGCAGACUCGGAUAUUUGGACAUGGAAGCACAUGAGCAGGUAUGCCGUGAGGAAAAUGCUGGCCCAAGCAGGACCUCUGUUUCAGCUAUCUGAACAAAGCCAAGAAGAAAUGGCCAAAUAGGAAAGCAAGGAAAUUGUACAAAUAGGGAAGGAAGAACGCCACGCAGAGAAAUCAAAAACCCUUUUGAUCGGUA